AUGCAAGUGAAAAAAAUUGCAGUGAUUGGUGCUGGCGUCAGCGGAUUAGGUGCCAUUAAGAGCUGCUUGGAGGAGGGACUAGAGCCUGUGUGUUUUGAAAAAAGCAAUGACAUUGGAGGACUGUGGAGAUAUGAGAAAACACCUGAAAGUGGAAAGCCUGGGAUAUACAAAUCUCUGACUUGCAACACCUCUAAGGAGAUGACAGCCUUCAGCGACUACCCUUUCCCUGAUCAUUAUCCCAAUUAUUUGCACAACUCCAAAAUGAUGGAGUAUCUCAGAAUGUACACCAGGCACUUUGGCCUUAUGAAACACAUCCAGUUUCUGUCGAAGGUGUGUCACGUGAGGAAGCAUCCUGAUUUUUCAUCCUCUGGCCAAUGGAAUGUUGUGGUAGAAACUGAUGGAAAGCAGAAAACCUAUGUCUUUGAUGGGAUUAUGAUUUGCACUGGCCAUUACACUGAAAAGUAUUUGCCCUUAAAGGAUUUUCCAGGAAUCAAGAAGUUCAGAGGCCUGUAUCUCCACAGUUGGGCAUACAAGCAUCCAGACAAUUUUGUAGGGAAGAGAGUUGUUGUGGUUGGCAUUGGGAAUUCUGGAGCAGAUGUGGCUGGAGAGAUCAGUCGUGUUGCAGAACAGGUCUUUCUCAGCACAAGACGGGGCGCAUGGAUAUGGAACCGGGUUUGGGAUAAUGGGAAUCCUUUGGAUACCACACUUUUCACCCGUUAUAAUAGAAUACUUGAAAAAAUUUUUCCCACAUUCAUGAUCAACAGAUGGGUAGAAAAUAAACUAAAUGCAAGGUUCAAUCAUGCCAAUUAUGGGCUAUGGCCUCAACACAGAUUUCUCAGCCAUCAGGCUACUAUGAGUGAUGAUCUGCCCAACCAUAUAAUUUCUGGAAGAAUUCUAGUGAAGCCAAAUGUGAAAGAGUUCACCAAGACAUCAGCCAUCUUUGAAGAUGGCACUGAAGAGAACAUUGAUGCUGUUAUCUUUGCUACAGGCUACACAUUCUCUUUCCCUUUCUUGGAGGAUAACUCAGAAAUUUUGGACAGCCAACAUUCCAUGUUUAAAUUUAUGUUCCCCCCUCAGCUGGAGAAACCAACACUAGCCUUCAUUGGCAUUCUUCAGCCAGUGGGAGCCACCAUUCCCACUUCAGAACUCCAGAGCCGAUGGGCUGUACAAGUAUUCAAAGGACUGAAAAAAUUACCCUCAGCAAGUGACAUGAUAGCUGACAUCAACAGAAGGAGAAAGAAAAUGGAAAAAGAGUUUGUAAAAAGCUCAAGAGAUACACAUCGAGUGCGGUAUAUUGACUACAUGGAUGAAAUUGCAUCUGAAUUAGGAGCCAAACCCAAUGUGUUCUCUCUCUUCCUUUGGGACACAAAGCUGGCCAGAGAGGUUUUCUAUGGGCCCUGUACCCCAUAUCAGUACCGUCUACAGGGACCAGGGAAAUGGACUGGGGCACAGAAAGCCAUUCUUACUCAAAGAGAUAGAAUCCUCAAACCCCUGAGAACACGUAUGGUCAAACACACUGGACCUUCUUCCUUUAGUCUGUUUGGGGUCAAAGUUACCUGUGCUAUCUUUUGUCUCUUUGUUUUCAUGUUAGUCAUCAUGCAAGUGAUAGGUCAUUAA